UGCAGCUGAAUCACAGAGAAAGCUGAAAAAAGACAGCAGAGAGAGGGAGAGAUGAUGAGAGGAGAGGCAUUAAUCGCAUACAGAUCGUUGCUGCGAGCAACUCGUAAAUCCUUCGCCGGAGAUACAUUGAUGCUUAACGGAUCGGCAUCUGAGGUCAGGAAGAAGUUCGAGGAGAAUCGUCACGUGACCUCCGACACCGAGAUCCAAAAACUCCUCGACGAAGCACGUGAAGCCUCUCAGUUCAUCUCUACCAUGAUCGUCCAAGCCAAGCUCAACGAUCGAGGCGGUUAUGAGGUGAAGCUUGAUAAAGAACAUGCUGGCGAAACACUCGAACUUCCCUCCGAAGCGAGUCUUAAAAAGUCUGCGUAAGGUAAAGGAAUUAUAGGCUUUAGACAUGAGAUUUUGAUGAAACCUUAACAUUAUGUUAAAUUAAGAGCUCCUUGAGAAAGAUUUCAUAGUAUUUGAGUUGUUGAGUUCAAAUUUGUAUGACAUUGCCAAAUCUGCUGUAGAAGAAAAUGAUACUCUUGUUUGAACAAUUUUCUGGGAUAUUCUUACAGUAUUAUUGAGGAAAA